ACCACCUUGGGGGGAAAAAAGGAAAAGACCAUAUAGACUGAAGUGUAUAAGGACAUAAUAAAAUAGGGUGACAAAUGUGGUCAGCGGGUUAGUUUGCAGAUACAAUAACAUUGGCAUGCACCAUGUCUUACUCAUUUGGGUAUCACUAGCCACAUUAGAUACUGUAUUCAUAUUCAUCAAUAUAUUAAUUUUUAUAUUGAAGGUGUGAACGGCAAGCGGUCUUUAGCCAAGACACUGUGAUGCUGGUAAUGCUUUGCUAUAGGACACUAAGUUCCAAUUAUUUCAUUCUGAUCCUUGACGAGCUCUAAUAAAUGCUUUUCCACUGUUACAAUUAUUGUAUAAUUAUUACAAUUAUUCUGUUUGGAUUGUAUUUGCACUGGUGGGAUAGAAAGUGCCUUGCAAUUAAAACAACAAAACCAGAUGAUUUAAUAAAGAGUAUUUUCAUACGGUUGUAUACUUAGGAAUAUGUUUUAAUUCACUGUUAAAAAUAUAGUGCCACAACAUUUUAGGAGCUUAUUGUGCUUUUCAGGUUUGGGUAGAAACAUAAGGAGAUUGAUAUUGAAAAGAGCUAAUCAGUGUUCAGAAUGGGGAUAACAAAAAGCUUUGCCCAAUAGAACACGGCCUAUGGGGAGGGGCUUGGUCUGGCCAAUAGCAAUGCUUCAUACUACAGCGGAUCAUCCCCCAUCGGCCAUGGACUCAUCUUUUGUGGGUUUCCGUUAGGCGCCAUUUUGAUUAAAGUAAUGUGAGGGUGGAUUGUGGGCAACGCUGUAUAAUAUUGUUUUUCUCAAUUUAAUCACAUUUAUACCGGAGUCGACUAGUUUAACGGAGACUAAUACGUUCGAGUACACUGAAAAUGGCCACGGGCGCAAACGCAACUCCUUUAGGGAAGUUGCACCCCAGCAUUGGCGCUAAACGAGGAUUUGACGCCGGGCCUGGUGCGGGGAACGGGAUGAUGCCAGCACCGGGGCCGCCCGCAGCCUUUCCUUCUCUACAAGCUUUCCAGCCCCCGAUGCCAAGCGUAUCUUUUCCACAACCUCUUCAGUUCAAUCCUGCGGCAGCUUUUCCGACCCAGGCUCCACAACAACCAGUUGUGGUUGGCGGAUUGGCCAAACCAGAUUUCAGUUCGAAGAAAUCGAGGAAGAAGAGUCGUUGGAGCAGCGAGACGCCCGAUCAGAAGACGGUCAUACCUGGCAUGCCCACUGUUAUCCCCCCUGGAUUGACCCGGGAUCAAGAGAGAGCCUAUAUAGUCCAACUGCAGAUUGAAGACCUGACUCGUAAACUGCGUACAGGAGACCUGGGAAUCCCUGUUAACCCUGAGGACAGGUCUCCCUCUCCGGAGCCCAUCUACAACAGCGAGGGCAAGAGGUUGAACACCCGCGAGUAUCGCACACGAAAGAAGAUCGAGGAGGAGCGCCACUCCCUCAUCACCGAGAUGGUUGGACUCAACCCGGACUUCAAGCCUCCUGCCGACUACAAACCUCCAGCCACCAGAGUCAACGACAAAGUUAUGAUCCCCCAAGACGAAUACCCCGAAAUCAACUUUGUCGGUCUGUUAAUCGGGCCACGUGGUAAUACGCUGAAGAACAUCGAGAAGGAGUGCUGCGCCAAGAUCAUGAUCCGGGGUAAAGGUUCUGUGAAGGAGGGGAAGGUAGGCCGAAAGGACGGACAGAUGCUGCCGGGGGAAGACGAGCCUCUGCACGCGCUGGUCACCGCCAACACAAUGGAGAACGUCAAGAAAGCCGUGGAGCAGAUUCGCAACAUUCUGAAGCAAGGCAUUGAGACUCCCGAGGAUCAGAACGACCUACGGAAGAUGCAGCUGAGGGAGCUCGCCAGACUCAACGGCACACUGAGGGAAGACGACAACAGGAUCCUUCGUCCUUGGCAAAACUCUGAGCCACGCAGCAUCACCAACACCACCCUCUGUACCAAGUGCGGCGGAGCAGGCCACAUCUCCUCCGACUGCAAAUACACCAGCUCAUUCGCUGCCCACAGAGCGACAGGCGGCGAGCCUCCCCAGUCAGCCCAGGACAAGGCUCGUAUGGAUAAGGAGUACCUGUCUCUGAUGGCCGAGCUCGGGGAGGCUCCGGUCCCCACAUCAGGGGGAGGACACUCCAGCAGCCAGGGAGGAGGGCAGCGGUCCUCAGGACUUAAUAAUAACCAGCAACAGCAGAACCGGCCUCCUUGGAUGAAUUCCGGUCCGACUGAGAGCAGGAACUACCAUGGCAUGCACGGAGCACCUGGUGGAGGACCCCACAGCUACCCACCCCCAAUGCCCAACAUGGGAGGCCCCCCUAUGCCCCCCAACCCCAACGGCCUGCCACCCCCCUGGAUGCAGCCCCCUCCUCCUCCCAUGGGCCAGGGGCACACUCACGGACACCCCAUGGGUCUGCUGCCACCUCCAAUGGGCAUGAUGCCGCCUCCACCUCCUCCCCCCAGCAACCAGCCACCUCCUCCCCCCUCUGGACCACUGCCACCUUGGCAACAGCAGGCUCCUCCUCCCCCUCCCAGCAGCAGCAUGGCAACCAGUGCACCGCUACCCUGGCAACAGAAUGCCACCACCACAUCCAGCCCUGGCACCGGCACCCUGCCUCCAUGGCAGCAGCCCCAGCAGACUGCGGCCUCUGGAGCCCAGCCCCCCCCACCCAUGGGUGCCCCAUCCAUGGUGCCGCCUCCCCCCGGCGUCCAGCCCCCGCUGCCCCCGGGUGCCCCUCCCCCCCCCCCUCCACCACCUCCAGGCUCAACUGGCAUGAUGUAUGCCCCGCCGCCACCCCCCCCACCCAUGGACCCUUCCAACUUUGUCACCAUGAUGGGGAUGGGGGUACCGGGCAUGCCCCCCUUCGGUAUGCCCCCUGCCCCCCCACCGCCUCCACCCCAGAAUUAACCCUUCCCCGGAAGAAUAGUCCUCCCACAAGAGUUUCCACCCUGCAGCACAUUGUGGAGGUGUGAUCACAGAAUAAGAUAUAACCAGUGCUUUAUUUUUUAUUGAUCCUUGAUAUGGUGGAGACGUCUGUGAAACAAUGAAAGGUUGUGUUAGUUCAAUUUGUAAAGUUACGUAACUUUAGUAAAUGAGUUGUUUUUCCUGUUUUUAAAGUUUGUGUUGACACAAAGCUCCUUGUGUGCACACAAACACUGUUGCUCUCGGCCUCAUGUUGUGCAUCGCUCCCGUAGUUUGUCACAUCACUUGUAAACCAAAUAAACUGCUCAAAUAGCCACCCGGAGGUUUAGUUUCUGCUCCACAGUCUCGCCGCUUCAAAGGUCCAAUUCAGACUGUAACGCUCGACUAUUAUUGGAUUUAAUAUAUUGAAGCUUAACUUGCAUGAUCCAUUAUGAACUUCUCAUUCACAAAUUUAUACUCCUGUCAUGUUCCCCAUGUUGACUUUGAGUUGAAUAAGAUUAAUAUUUUUGUAUUAACGAGAUGUGAAUUGUAUCUUAGUUCUGUCUGAAAACCUUUUUGUAGUACUGUCUCCGAUUGUUUUCCAGAGAUUCCCAGGGUUUUAAUUGUUUUCUUUGUUCUUUUGUUACUUGCCUGCGUCUCAGUUGUGACAUUGAGUUUGAAAAAGUGGAAUUGGAUGCUGCGAGCUGCCAUCUUCUGCCCCCCGGCACUACUUGAAUGCUGAGAAUCUGAUCUAUUUUUGUUUUUCUGCAUCUCUUUCUGCUCUAAGACGCUGUGUGCAGUGUUUGUGUUGCUUCUGCAAGGACAAAAAUAUCAGUUUUGUCCCUCGAAUUGUUAGUUUUACUGUUUCUGGAAUCAGUCGGUUGUGUCAUGGCGCUAGCCUGAAUGAAAAUCUGUUGAAAUCUUGCUUGGUUUUGCAUUAAACUGAUCCAUUUCACCUUUU